UUACCAUGGCUCACUGAGGAUCUCAGCCCCUCUUAGCAAGCAUAUACGGUAUACCUCUGAAGACUCUAGUUCCCCACUGACCACUCACAUCCAAGCAAAUGGAACAAGAGCCGCCAGUCCUUCUUCCAAAUGCCACUUAGCUGAUUGCCUCCACAAACACAGGGAGGAGGAGAAGGCAGACGUCUCCAAUGGCGGUUUUGGCUCAUGGGUUUUAUCUACCCCCACCCACACGGACACCCAAAUCGUCAAAUCGGAAACUUGUUGGGUAUUCGAGCUCUAUCAUUGUCAGACGCAGAUUGCUGACGGACGGGAACGAAUGCGUGCAGGUUUCCGAACUCUUCACUCCCAAGACUUUCAGCAGGAUCAGAAGCUUUUAUGAGGAGGAUGCAGGAAAUAAUGAGGUUGAAAUAUCUAAAGACAUUCUGGAUGGGGAAGAUGGGAUUUCGGAUGAGCUGCUUGGAAAUGUUGUGAAUACUGAAAUUAGUACAGAAAAUUCAUUUCUUGCUAAAAUAGCAAUUGCACUAGGCGUUGCCGCAACGGUGACUCUGAUAUCGGUUGGCAUCAAGGGUGCACCCGCUAUUGGGUCAUCGAAUGGAAUUCAAAUUUUUCCAGAUAGUUCAUCCUCUUCAGUAAUGGCUUCAGCCAAUGUCAGUUUCACCAUCAAAGCUUUUGGGUACAGCAUUGUUCUCCCAGCAUUUGCACCGGGGUGGAUCUACUUUUGGUUGCUUAUGGCUGCAGGCUGUGGACUUUGCAUUAGUGAAGAAGCUCUAAAUAUUUGGGUUGGCAUAUCUUUGGCUCGGAUGCUGUCUUUGGACGGGACAUGGCAGAUGUUUGCUGAAUCUUUUUCGAGAAAUGCUCCAUAUAUCAUAUCCACAAUUCUUUGGGUGUAUUGGGGAGUGUGCAUCAGUGAUCUAAUACCAUUUUAUCUCGGGAAGCUUUUUAGAAAAUCCAGGGCCUCUGAUGACGUUUUCUCGAAGUUAGGGAUUGGAAAAGAGAAAGCUUUAAGCAUAACCUCUGCAGUGCAAAAAUAUGGCAACCUCAUCGGUUUCGUUGAACGAUUUUCGCUUGGAGUGAGAAAUCCAACGGCUUUUCUAGCGGGGACCUUGGGCAUUUCUUCAGAGUGUUUCUUUGCUGGAGUUUGUUGUGGCGGUUUGAUCACCCUUCCCCUCCAGUUGUUAAUAGGAUUCUUCCUGAGGGAGCUUGAAACAUUGCAACGCACUUGAGGGAUUGAAAGUAACUGGUAGCCGCAGCUUAGUAUCGAUUCCAAUUUCAGACGCAUUCCCACCAUCCCUUUGCCAAUUUGUAAUCGAAGAUUGUGCUGAAUUAUCAAGCCUGCAAGGCGGUCAUGCAUCUCCUGAGGAGUUGAGUAUAACGAAUUGCCCCAAGCUAUGGAAGAGUUCAGUUGCAAACCAUGGGAAGAGUCAGACCGCCCUCUGGAAAUUGGUUAUUACAAGCUGUGGACCGGAAAUGACAUCUACGCCAUCAGCACUCUUGAGGACAUUUCUUUACACGAUUGCACAUCCCUUUGCCAACUGAUAAUGCACGACUGUAAAACUUUGAGGCAUCUAUCGCUCCAAACCCUCCUCUAUCUGAAGUUUUGAGGACAUCCUGGUGCCAUAAUUUUGAGGCAAUUCCGAGUUUAGACAACCUCACAUCCCUCCGUGUUGUGACCAGUGAAGAAUGUCAUGGACUGACAAGUCUGCUGAGUGGGCUCUCAUCCUGCACAUCUCUUGUCGAGUUAAGAAUACUGUUUUGUGAGAAAUUACAAUACUUGCCGACAGGUUUACACACUAUUAACUCGUUUGAAGAAAUUGUGUAUUUGUUGGUUCUGGGAGGAGCUGGAUUCUUACCCGGUUUCUCAAAUUCCAUCAUGAAACGUCUUAGAAUUCUACGGGUGGCCUAAGCUCAAGUCUCUGCCUCCACUAUUUCGUCACUCGACCAGUCCUGUAACAGAGGUGGCUAUAUCUUAUUGUGAAGGGCUAGAGACUCUCCAGAGUGGCUGGAUGACCUUACAUCUCUGACCGAACUGAAGAUCGGGAGUUGCAAGAAUCUCAAUUCUCCGGCUUCCCCCCAAGCUAUGUAACACCUCACCAAAUUAGAUUUGUUAUUGAUUUACGGAUGUCCCAUUCUGAAGGAAAGGUGCGCCAGAUAUACUGGACCAGAGUAAAAAUGUCGUACCCAGUGCACAAGG